AUGAAAACGCUUUGCGUGCUGUUGCUGGUGUCAUGCGCCUUGACGCGUGUCAUGGCACAAACAAGCAACACAACCAGGACAUCCCCCGCCACCGAAGCAACGACAUCUGGGACAUCGACGGAAGUGACUAUAGGCGAUACUGGCUCCUCGUCAAACUCUCCAACGACCUUGACGGAUAGUGUGGAGCCAGCUUCGACUCCUUCGACACCAACAAACAAUCAGACUCCAUCGAUACCAACAGUCGAUCAGGCCAACUCGACGAAUACUACGGCACCAACACCCAAUACUGCCGUUCUAAGUCCUUCAACGAGGGCUGCGCCUGCCAAUACGACCUCGGCACCAUCGCCGACGCCGACACCGACACCGGCACCCGCACUCACUCCCGCUCCCGCACCGACACCUGCGACUGCGGCGCCUACGCCGCCUCCGGCAGCUCUGACCCCUGCAACGGAGGCACCGACAGCACCUGACACGACCGACCAGACAGCACCUGAGGCGCCAGAUGCGCCUGACUCUAGAUCAGAGGCAUCAAACAGCCCCAGCGAUGAAAUAAGUGCCGAAACGGAUGACUCCGGCUCCACUGCAGCAUCCAGUUGGCUCGUGCCUGCCGUUGUUGCCGCUGUUGUCGUGCUUGCUUUGCUAGUCAUCACUUUCUAUGUCCGUACUCGCAAGAUCGACGAUCAGGACGAAUUUGAUCGCCCAAGCGACAUAUUCUUCGAGGCCCCGCGCUCCAAUACAAACAAUUACCCAAGCGCUUCUGGUGAUAGCGGCAACAUUGGCAUGCCAGCAGAUGAGAAGGGGGUCAUCAAGGCGAUGCGCAUAGAUUCGACUGUCACGGCGGCCUCCGCUGCUGUUCCACCUGCAUCUUCUAAAAUGCACAGUGAUUCCGUGACAGGUCCACCAACGCAUGCGCGUAACCACCAGGAGGCGACGCUUUAUCUUUCUGAACCGCGCUUCACACUGCAGCAGCAGGUAGAUAUGGAACAGUCGCAGCCCUUGACAAGAAAAGAUGAAGUAUCACAUUCUCCACAGGCGACGGCUACUUCCGUUGACAGAUCAUUUGAGUUAGGCGCAUCGAUGAAAGCGGGUAUGUCCAACGACCCUUCGUUUUUGAAGCAUGAAGUGUCCGCUCCGGGCGUGACAUUGUAA